GUUCAUGCCACGACGAUCUAUAUGGAAGGGCAGUCUUGUUGAUGCAUUCCUGUUGAGAAUGCAGAAGAAAAGAGAUCUUCUUUUGAACAGGAAAAUUUGGUCACGUAGAUCUUCUAUUUCGCCGGAAUUCGUUGAUUGCUCCGUACGAAUUUACAAUGGAAAAACUCCUGUUCGUUGUAAGAUCACUGAAGGAAAGGUUGGUCAUAAAUUUGGAGAGUUUGCUUCUACACGGAAACGAAGACCUUCGAGAACAAAUAUUGGACCGGGAAGAAAAAAGGGGAAAAAGUAAAGUCUAAGCGCAUAUGGCACGAAAAGGAAAUCCGAUUUCGGUAAGACUUGAUCUGAAUCGUAGUUCAGAUCCAAGUCGGUUCAGUGAUUAUUAUUAUGGUAAAUCAGUGUAUCAAGAUGUCAAUCUGAGAUCUUAUUUCGGUUCGAUACGUCCACCUACGAGACUCACCUUUGGCUUUCGUCUCGGUAGGUGUAUUAUUCUACAUUUUCCCAAAAGAACAUUCAUUCAUUUCUUUCUUCCCCGUCGACCACGACGACUGAAACGACGCGACAAAUCCAGACCCGGAAAGGAGAAGGGCCGGUGGUGGGCAUUUGGGAAAGUCGGGCCGAUCGGGUGUCUUCAUUCAAGCGACGGUACAGAAGAAGAACGAAACGAAGUGAGAGGCCGGGGGGCAGGGAAAAGAGUCGAGUCGAUCAGGCUCGACGACCGGGAGAAGCAAAACGAAAUCAGGAUUUGGCCGAAAAAGAAGCAACGCUAUGGAUACCAUGACCGAUCACCAUCGAGAAAGAAGAAUCUUUCUAAAUCACUUCGGGUCAGCGGGGCCUUCAAGCAUCCGAAAUACGCCGGGGUUGUAAAUGACAUAGCGUUCCUGAUAGAAAAUGACGACUCCUCCAGAAAAACGAAGUUAUUCAAGUUCUUUUUCCCAAAGAAGUCCCGCUCCGACGGCCCGACGAGUCAUCUACUUAAAAGGACCCUCCCUGCAGUGCGCCCCUCCUUGAAUUAUUCGGUCAUGCAAUACUUAUUGAAUACAAAGAACAAAAUUCAUUUCGACCCCGUCGUAGUUCUCAAUCAUUUCGUGGCACCGGGCGUGGCUGAACCAUCUAAUGGGGGAGCGAAUGAACAGGAAAGAAGCUUAGAUAAGAGAAUACGUUCUCGCAUCGCUUUUUUUGUAGAAAGCUCGACCAGCGAGAAAAAGUGUUUGGCCGAAGCCAAAAAGAGGUUGACCCACUUCAUUCGCCAAGCGAAUGAUCUUCGCUUCGCGGGAACAACAAAAACCACCAUCUCGCUCUUUCCUUUCUUCGGUGCUACCUUUUUCUUUCCAAGGGAUGGGCUUGGGCUGUCUAAGAACCUUUAUUUUGAGGAUGCCCGGGAACAACUCCUAGGUCAAUUAAGGAUCAAAUGUUGGAACCUCAUGGGUAAGGAGAAGGUAAUGGAAUUGAUAGAUAAAUUCAUAGACCUAGGUGGGAUAGGAGAAUUGAUAAAGGGAAUAGAGAUGAUGAUAGAGAUCAUACUGAGAAACAGAAGAAUUCCGUACGGGUACAACUCUUAUUUGAACGAAGUGAAAAAAAUGCGAUCUUUGUUGUCUAAUAGAACAAAGACUAAUACCUUAAUUGAGUCGGUCAAGAUCAAAUCUGUUUAUCAAAGUGCUUCUCCGAUUGGUCAAGACAUCUCUUUUCAACCGAGGAACAAAACAAGAUCAUUUCGUUCCAUUUUUAGUCAAAUAGUGAAGGAUAUUCCAUUAGUAAUGCCAAAAGGGGUGGAGGGGAUCCGUAUUUGUUGUUCAGGUCGAUCAGAAGGUGCAGAAAUAGCUAGAACUGAAUGCGAAAAGUAUGGAAAAACAUCUCGUAAUGUAUUUAACCAGAAAAUCGAUUAUGCUCCUGCGGAAGUAUCUACUCGUUACGGAAUCUCAGGUGUCAAAGUGCGGAUCUCAUAUAGUCAAAAAAAUAAGGGACGUGCUAUAUCCGAAACGUACGAAAUAUAGUAAAUAUCGUAAGGGCAGAUGUAGUAGGGGUCGCGAAUCGGACGGUACACAACUUGGUUUUGGAAGAUAUGGCACUCAAAGUUGUAGAGCUGGUCGUCUUUCAUAUCGAGCCAUUGAAGCAGCGCGUCGGGC